AUGUCACAAUCAGCAUAUGCAGAAGUAACUGUUACUGUAAACAAUGAACAAUUCCUUCCUAUUCCAAUUGAUCUGAGUGGUACAGUCGAACAAUUUCAAAAGCUAAUAGAAUUUGAAACAAAUAUACUUGUAAAAGAUCAAUUAUUAUUAUUUGAAGGUAAACAACUUGUUUCUACAAAUAAAAUUUCAGAAUACAAUAUAAAACAUGGUGAUUUGUUAUUUUUAACAAAGAGACCUGCUGGUCAAACUGCACAACCACAACAACAACAACAACAACAAAGACAAAGAAACGCACCAGCAGCUGCAGCACCACAAUUCAAGAAUGCAAGAGAGUUUAUCGAUCAUUUCAAGAGUAGUCCAAUGGAAUUCAAUUCAAUUAUGAAUAGUAAUCCACAAAUUGCAGAUGCUAUUCUCAAUGAAAAUGAAGAGGUCAUCGGUCAAUUGUUGAAACAAAUCGAACAUCAAAGAAGAUUGGUAGAGUUGGCCAGAGAUCCUUUCAAUGAAGAGGGACAGAAAGCAAUCUAUGAAGCUAUCCAACAACAAAAUAUCGAAAAGAAUAUGGAACAUGCUAUGGAGCACACUCCAGAAGCAUUUGCCAAUGUCAUCAUGUUGUAUCUCGAUUGUACCAUUAAUAAUCAUCCAAUCAAGGUAUUCGUUGAUACAGGUGCUCAAAAAUCAAUUAUGACAUUGAACUGUGCAAGAAAAUGUGGAUUAGAUAGAUUGAUCGAUAAGAGAUUUCAAGGUAUUGCCAAAGGUGUCGGUACCGCCAAGAUCGUCGGUAGAGUGCAUGCCGCCGAGAUGAAUAUGGGUAGUGCACAUAUCACUAUUUCUUUGUCUAUUCUCGAUUCUCCGGGUCAAGACACAGAGUUUAUCUUUGGUUUGGACAUGUUGAAAAAGCAUCAGGCACUCGUCAAUCUCCGUGACAAUGUGUUGGAGUUUGGUGAGAUGCGUGUACCUUUCCUUCAGGAGAAAGACUUGAAGGAGAUUCUUGAGAAGAACGAUCCAUUGCCAGAGAACUAUGUUCCACCAUCACCGACCACUACCACCUCCACCUCCGCUUCAACACCACCAACCGCCACCGCCACCACUGUAACAUCACCACCACCAGCCACCACCUCAACUUCAAAACCAAUGGCAACAUCUCCACCUGCAUCAUCACACUCUGAAGAAGCAAUCAACACACUGAUGUCAUUCGGUGCUACCAGAGCCAAAGCAAUCGAUCUUCUCAACAGAGCAGGAGGUGACAUUGAGAGAGCUGCAUCUCUCUAUUUUGGAAUAAAUAAAAUGAAUAGAGUUCCACAAUAUAAGGUAGUUGCUGUUGCUGCUGUAAGCAUUGGAUUAUUAGUUGUUACACCAAUAUGUAAACCAUUAUUUGGUUCAAUUUUCGGUUCAACUGCCGCAAAUGAGGCUCACUUGGCACAAUUAACAAAGAAGAUACAGAAUCAAGGUGAACACCACGAUGAUCAUCACAACGUUAGUCAUGGUGGACAUCAUUAA